AUGCAUGCCUGGUUGAGCCGUUCUUUGCAGAGGACAGCAGGACUUCAGUCCCAGAGUUUCUGUGCUCGAGGGAUAGUGUGGGUCGAUUUUGAAGUCUUUUCCUUUUUUCCAGGCAACCGUGAUAGUCCUUUUGUCAUUUUGCCAAGUUACCAUCAGUGGGCACCCUGGAUAGGACCCCAAACCAGAGCAAGUCACAUUGUUGCUAACACAGAGUAUGCUAAAGUACAUGUGUCAAAUAAGUCCCAAGAUGAAGGUGACAUUGAUAUUACAGAGGAGCGUCUCACAGAUGAAGUCAUGAAUUUAAAGGUUAACACCAUCAGAAAACUUUGUAGACAAUGCAAGCUUGACUCUAAGGGCUCAAAAAUGGAUCUUGUCAUGCGCUUAAGGUCAAAAAUGCAAACUCGAAGUACAUAUGACAAGGUGUUUCAGAAGGUUUGGGGUGCAUCAGGUGGCUGGGCAGUGAUCAUGUGUCCAUGUGGAGUAGUCUAUUCUGUUAAAUUCAACAUCAGGGCAGAAAGUCCAAAAGACUAUGCUGAUAUGUUGCUGUACUGGAUGCAUAUUCCAAAUAUGGUUGUUUAUGACUUUGCCAGGGGUUUGGUAAACCACUGCAAGUUGCGGGAGCCAGAGAGACCUUUAUUUAAUCCAAAUGAAGGACAACUAGCAGAGGCAACCUGUGACAACAUUGAAAUGGCAGUUAAAGAAAACUUAAAAAUAAAUUUGCCUUGGCUCAAUGCUAAAAAAAUCACACCUGAUUCAAAUUGUCAUCCUGUCACAGGAUCCGCUGAGCACUAUGCUCUGUAUGAUACAUUCCACCAAUACAACAUAAUGGAUGAGAAGGAUGUGCUGAGAAGAAUUUCAUUGGUUCCAGAAUUGCAAGGGUGGAUAAAUUCUCAGAGGGCAGAGCAGUUUUUUGCAGAGAUGCGGAAAAACAAUUAUUUUCUGAAUAUGCUCUCUCCGUCUGCUCAUGUGUUCCUGAUGAGAUCCAUUAUACAUCAACACAAUCAGAGUGUCAAUCAGAAGGCACUGGCUGAGCUGAGAAAGAUUUGUCCAGGAAUUAAAAUUGCCUUCGAUUCUACUGGAAAGGCAGUUCUAGCUCUGCAAGCAGGUUCUUUAGCUCCUUCUCCUCCAUCUCCAUCAGCUGUUCAUCAAGCAAUCACAUCCCCAGUGCAUUCAAUAAGUCACCCAGGAACAUUUCAAGCAGCCUGUCCAGCCACUGCAGUCGCAUUUAAUGGUGAAAAUGACAAAUUUGUGAGUGUCAAUGUGGAAUUCAUUGUGAAGGUCUCACAAGUCUGCAGAAUGUGA